AUGGCUCCCACUACCAAGGAACGAAAGACCCGAACUCCUCGAUCAGCUCUUCACGAUGUUGUGACUCGUGAAUACACCAUCCACCUUCACAAGAGAGUCCACGAUUUAUCUUUCAAGAAGAAGGCCCCUAAAGCCAUCAAAUCAAUCGUUGAAUUCGCUCAAAAAUCAAUGGGUGUAAACGAUGUUCGAAUUUCACCUGGAUUGAACCAAGCUAUCUGGGCUAGAGGUAUCCGAUCUCCCCCCAAGAGAAUCAGAGUCAGACUUGAGAGAAAGAGAAACGAUGAUGAAGGUGCUAAAGAGAAACUUUACGUACUUGCAUCUGUUGUUGAAGGUGUAACCAGCUUCAAGGGUCUCCAAACCGUCAACGUCGAGGCUGACGAGUAA